AUGGCCGCAACAGAGGAGGAGCCGAAGCCCAAAAAGCUGAAGGUGGAGGCAUUGUGAGCGCUGAGUGAAAAUAUUCUCUUUGGAAUGGGAAAUCCUCUUCUCGACAUCACUGUUGUAGUGGAUAAGGAUUUCCUUGAUAAGUAUUCUCUUAAAGCAAAUGACCAAAUCUUGGCUGAAGACAAACACAAGAAACUCUUUAAUGAACUUGUAAAAAAAUUCAAAUUCGAAUAUCAUGCUGGCGGUUCUACCCAGAAUUCAAUUAAAGUGGCCCAGUGCAUGAUUCAGAAGCCACACAAAGCAGCAACAUUUUUUGGAUGCAUUGGGAUAGAUAAAUUUGGGGAGAUCCUGAAGAGAAAAGCUGCUGAAGUGCAUGUGGAUGCUCAUUACUAUGAGCAGAAUGAGCAGCCAACAGGAACUGGUGCUGCAUGCAUCACUGGGGCAACAGAGUCGGUGUUAAAAGUGGCUCAGCAAGCUUCUGCGGACAACAGAAUUUUCACUUUGAACCUGUCUGCACCAUUUAUUAGUCAAUUCUACAAGGAAUCAUUGAUGAAAGUUAUGCCGUAUGUUGACAUACUUUUUGGAAAUGAGACAGAAGUUGCCACUUUUGCUAGAGAGCAAGGCUUUGAGACUGAAGAUAUUAAAGAGAUAGCCAGAAAGACCCAAGCUCUGCCAAAGGUGAACUCGAAGAGGCAGCGAGUUGUGAUUUUCACCCAAGGGAGUGAUGACACUAUAAUGGCUACAGGAUAUCAGCAUAUAUUUAUAAUAGCAUUAUCAAUUACUGUGCCUAUUAAAAGAGAAAAGACCUUAAAACUGUUUGGAACUGAAUUUUCAUUUGUUUUGGUUGCCAAGAGUGACUGA